AAUCUUACUAAGCUGUCACUCAUCUUCAGUCACAUGCUUGCAGAAAUCAAGGCGAUCUUUCCUGCUGGCCAUUUUCAAGGCGACACGUUCCGCAUCACAAAAGCAGACGCGGCUGAAUUUUGGAAGAGAUAUUUUGGGGAGAAGCCGAUUGUGCCAUGGAAAGUUUUCCGACAGUGCCUUCACGAAGUCCAUCCAAUCAGCUCUGGGUUGGAGGCGAUGGCUCUUAAAUCUACUAUCGACCUGACCUGCAAUGACUACAUUUCUGUCUUCGAAUUCGACAUCUUCACCAGACUCUUCCAGCCCUGGGGCUCAAUCUUAAGGAACUGGAACUUCCUGGCCGUGACUCACCCGGGAUACAUGGCGUUCUUAACUUAUGAUGAGGUGAAGGCUCGGCUACACAAAUACAUCAACAAGCCUGGGAGCUAUAUCUUCAGACUGAGCUGUACUCGGUUGGGACAGUGGGCUAUCGGCUACUCCACCAACGAUGGGAACAUCCUCCAGACCAUUCCACACAACAAGCCCCUGUUCCAGGCUUUAAUCGAUGGGUGCCGGGAAGGGUUUUACUUGUACCCCGAUGGCCGCAGUUACAACCCUGAUUUGACUGGAUUGUGUGAACCAACGCCUCACGAUCACAUCAAGGUCACACAGGUAGGUGGCACAGCCUGUGAGGCCGUGUCAUUAUAUCACUGGAAACCUACCACUUUCACUACAACCUGGAAUAUUGUAUUUAACUGCUCUGUUUUUGGUAUAGCAUAA